AUGGCUUCGAAUCUCCGCAUCCUGGUCCCCGUCAAGCGCGUCAUUGACUAUGCCGUCAAGCCACGCAUCAACAAGGCACAGACUGCCGUCGAGACAGCCGGCGUCAAGCACAGCAUGAACCCCUUCGACGAACUCUCGGUCGAGGAAGCAGUACGCCUGCGCGAGCGCAAGGCGCAGCCGGUAGAGGAAAUCGUCGCGUGGAGCGCGGGGCCGGCGAAGGCACAGGAUGUGCUGCGCACGGCGAUGGCCAUGGGCGCCGACCGCAGCGUGCACGUCCAGACGGCCGACGGGCCUGCGGGCGAGCUGGAGCCGCUGGGAGUCGCCAAGAUGCUGCAGAAGGCCGUCGAGGAGGAGAAGAGCAACCUCGUCAUCCUCGGCAAGCAGAGCAUCGACGACGACGCCAACCAGACGGGCCAGAUGCUGGCCGGCCUGCUCGGCUGGGCCCAGGCCACCCAGGCCUCCAAGGUCGAGAUCAAGGACGACGUCUGCACCGUCACUCGCGAGGUUGACGGCGGCGUCGAGACGCUCCGCGCCAAGCUGCCCAUGGUCAUCACCACCGACCUGCGCCUCAACGAGCCGCGCUACGCUAGCUUGCCGAACAUCAUGAAGGCCAAGAAGAAGCCACUAGUUAAGAAGGCCCUCGAGGACUACGGUGUUGAUAUCAAGGCCCGUCUGAAGACAGUCAAGGUUGCCGAGCCCGCGCAGAGACAGGGCGGCCAGAAGGUUGAGGAUGUCGACGGCAUGAUCGCCAAGCUCAAGGAGCUGGGUGCUUUGUAA